AUGGUCAGUCGAUUAGAAGAAUUAGGUGUAACACUCGUUCUCAACACAGGUAGUCGAGACCCUAUUCACGAACAGAUCGACUUAAGCGAAACCAUCGGAAUAUCCCAUUUCGGUGGAAACCUGACCGAAGCAUGUAUCGCGGCAGCCCCAAAGCUGAAAGUCCUCGGCGCGAUGACCGACAAUUCUGGGCACGGUAUCCCGUAUAAAGCACUUCAGGCACGUGGCAUCCCUGUCAUUGAAUCGACACGCGCAUGGUCGCAAUCUGUAGCAGAAUGCGCCUUUGGUCUCGCAUUGUCUUCGCUGCGCCGGACAGCACAGUGGCAUCUGCGGAUGGCACAGGGCGAAAAACUGUGGGAUUGGGAAAACCCGAUGUGGGGUUCGCUAAACGCACGUGAAAGCGGUGCCCCCUUGGAUAAACUCCCUGCCGCACAUCAAUUCUGUGACGACCCAGAUUUCGUCAAUGGUGACCUCGGUACGAAACGGAUAGGUGUUAUCGGCUUGGGUCAGAUCGGAGGAAAAAUUGCGCAGUGGUGCAGUGUCUUCGGAGCGACGGUGAUGGGCUUCGACCCUUAUGUACCGGACGCACUCCUCCAAGAAUGGAACGUGCAACGCGCCGAUAUGGACACACUUGCUGAUAGCUCCGAUAUCGUUUUCGUGGCAGUCCCACCGACACCUUCAGCUCGGCACCUGUUGAAUCGAGAACGGAUCUACCACUUGCGGAAGGGGAGUUUGGUUGUCGUGAUUACACGCGCCCAUGCCGUUGAUAUGGAAGCAUUACGAGAACGUAUCGUGAAAGACGAACUCGCAGGAGCAUUCGACGUUUACGAUAACGAACCGGUUCCCGUUGACGAUGAACUGCGCAAUCGGGACAACGUUGUUCACACACCGCAUAUCGCAGGUAGAACGAUAGACGCCAAUUUACGUGUAGCAGAUAUGACAGUGGACGAUUUUGUGCGGGUCCUAAAGGGCGAGACACCCAUCGGUGCGUUGACACCGAAAGCAGUUGAGGUGAGAACUUCACCGAACCCAAGCUAA